CAGUGUUUCUUCUUCUGCUGGCUAUGGAAGUACAAGCUCGUGGCGGAGGAAGUUACGGCGGAGGAUACGGGGCCAGCGAGUACGGAAAUGAUUACGUUGACCCUUACGUCGUCUUGGCCUCACUGGGUUUCGGCGUCUUCCUCUUCAACAUCAUUUACAACUUGUUGAACCGCAGCGUCAGAAGUGUCCAAGUCUCCGACAUGAACCUGCCGCUGCAAUUGUCCGAUCGGCCGGAAGAGUUUCACAACAUGUUAGAUAACAUCACCCACAACUACCUGGAGGAGCCAUGGCAGGAAAGUUGGUCGUCAGUCGACGACGACGGCGACGGCGACGUCGAAGAGUUGACAUCGAAAUCAUCGCAUCGCCUGCAGUUAUUCAAGGAGUCGGUCCGGGUGGGUCAGCGGGUCGCAGAAGCCAUCCGUCGUCAUCCGGCCUCCUGUCCGAAAACUCUUCUCUGCAAGCUGGGCAAUGACGCGAUCGCGUGGAACAGGCAACCGGCCCUGGCGCUCAGAGCCAUGCAACUCUACAUAACGUCACUGGCGCAUCACUACGGCGAGACAGACACUGGCCGUUAUGUCGAUCAGGUGGAGAAAAGUGCGGAGACGACGGAUUUCGAUCCGCAUUAUUGUGACGACAACAGCAGCGGACCAUCAGCAAGUGACUGCGGACUGGCCGAUCUAAUGGCUUUGUUUUAAUUACUCGUAUUGCUAUAACGUAAUUGGGAACAUUUUUACG